AUGGCGAGCAGCCCUCCCGGAGGCGCGACUUCACCGCCUCCAACUGGUCCGCAGCUGGCUCUGCCCAAGAAGCGCCCCUCCAUCACCAUCCCCGGCCAGGCCCCAUCAUACAAGCGUCGCAAGCCGUCAAAUGCUUCAUCUACACAUCCUUUGCGCCAGACAUCCUUUCCACCACCGGACCGUCCAGGCAGAGAAUACAGUCCCGACACUCAAGCCUCGCAAGCCGCAUACUCGCCCGUCUCUCGUCGCAGCGAUAGUCUCGAUAUCGACGAUGAAAUCAACAGCGUAGUCAGCGGUCGCACCGGCACUACUAGCAACAAGAAAGAUCGCGCAAACAAGACCAAGAAGGUUGGCAAAGUUGGCCGCCCGCCAAAAAACCGCGGUGAUACCGCCAGUCUCAUCGAUGGCGAUGCUGGUCGCAAAGGAACUUCUACAAAUACCGGCAACAAUGAAGAUGGCCCUGCCGACGAUGCCAACAGCGAAGACGAAGAAGAUGGCGGCGACGACGUCAACACACUCGAAGGCGGCAAGCUCACAAAAGCCGCCAUGGACGCUGAGAAAGAGCGCAAGGCCAUGUUUAGCACACAUAUCCACCCCGCCCAUGCCGAGAUCUACGAAACCUGGAAUCGCAUACAUUUGAAGAAGGAAGUCGUCCGCCGUCUCGCCAACCAAACUCUGUCGCAAUCAGUACCUGCCAGCGUCGUCACCACUAUCAACUCGUACACCAAAGUCUUUGUAGGAGAAAUCGUCGAUCGCGCAAGAGAGGUUCAGAAAGAGUGGCUUGCUGCCUCCGAAACAUUACCUACGGGUGACAAGAAUGAGGAGGCUUUUGGCAAGGAUGGCGAGGGCGAACCAAAGGUCAAAGAGCGCGACAGAGGUCCGCUGCUACCCGAUCAUCUGCGUGAGGCUCUUAGACGAUACAAGCACGAUAGAUCUGGAGGCACCGUGGGUUUCACUGGUAUCAGUUUGGAGGGAAGAGAGUCUGCUGCUGUUAGAAAUGGUGGUAGAAGGCUCUUCAGAUGA